AUGGCAGAAGUCUUGCCAAAGUAUCUCCAGUUAUCUCAACGAGUGAUUCGGAUCUUGGGAUGCAACCCUGGCCCUGCCACUCUACAAGGCACCAACACAUACCUUGUAGGGACGGGGAAAAGACGUAUCCUCAUUGACACUGGUGACCCCGAUGUUCCAGAGUACCUCGACCUGCUGAAAUCAUCACUGACCAAACAUGGGGUUGAUAUCCAGGAAAUAAUUGUAACACACUGGCAUCAUGAUCACGUCGGAGGAGUGGACGGCAUCUGUCGAACUCUUGGCACCAAAUACCGUACAUCCAAGCUGAUGAGGGCAUCAACACCUGACCUAGCUCUUAAGGAAACCACAUAUAAUUUUAUACAAGAUAAGCAUGUAUUUACGACCGAAGGUGCUACUUUAAGGGUGCUCUAUGGUCCUGGACACUCGGAAGAUCACAUUGCCCUGAAGCUGGAAGAGGACAACGCAGUAUUUUCAGGGGACACAAUCCUAGGGGGAUCCACAACGAUUAUAGAAGACCUGCAGCAAUACAUGAAGACACUCAACGACCUGCUAGACCUGCAGCCGAAGGUUAUAUAUCCAGGACAUGGUCCAGUCAUUGAGAACCCAGUGGAAGUGAUCAGGUACUACAUCAAACACCGCAACGACAGGGAGCAGCAAAUCGUUCAGUUCCUCUCUGACAGUCGCGGCCAGGGUGUCACUGCCAUGGAUAUUGUUAAGGGAGUGUACAAGGAUGUGCCAGAGAAUGUUUAUUGGAUGGCAGCUCAAAACGUAACUUUGCAUUUACAGAAACUUCAGAAGGACAAAGUGGCAGUUUCUGAGGAUGGAGAGACGUGGAGACUCGUUACAGAUUCAGCCAACUUGUGA